AUGACAUUAUAUAAAGGGGCAUUGGAUCAAGAAGAUCAGGAUGCAAUUGUUGCUGAUGCCAGAGCUGGUGAUGUAGAGUCUUUGCAAGAAGUUUUUACCACUCUUAUAGAUCCAUCAUUGAUGAUUAGCUGUAGAGACUCUGUUUCAAAUUCCACUGCUUUACAUAUGGCAGCAGCAAAUGGACACUUGGGAAUGAUUCAAUAUCUUUUAGAAAUGGCUAAAAACAAUGGAGAUGAAGAAAAAUUGAAAGAAUUUGUCAAUGCCACUAACGAAACGGGGAACACUGCAUUGCACUGGGCAGCUUUGAAUGGUAAAUUAGAUGUAGUACAACUAUUAUGUGAUGAGUAUGAUGCAGACCCAUUUAUCAGAAAUCAAUUUGGACAUGAUUCCAUCUAUGAAGCAGAAAAUAACGGUAAAGAAGAAGUGGAAACUUAUUUCCUGAAGAAAUACGAUGUUGAGCCAGAAAGUGACGAUGAAGAUGAAGAUGAAACACAACAAGAAGGCAAGAUUGAGACCAUUAAAAUCACUGAAGGUACUGAAAUUGAAAGUAUCACCAAGGAAGCAGCCCAAGUUCUUGCAGAAGAAACAGAACAAUUAAAGAUAGACCAAGAAAAGGAAUGA